UAAUGAAGUGGAGGAUGAAGAAGAGAGGAUGAUGGGCAAUCCACCACGUCAGAGUGAGGUGGAGGAGGACAUUCCAGGAGAUGUCACCACAGAAAAUCCCAGCAAGAAUUCUGAGGAAAAGGUUUUGUUAUCACUCAAGGAUGAAGAUAUCCUGCAGCGCUCUUCAGGAGAAAACAUCAUUACCUUUAAUGUACAUCCAGGACUUCACAGUACAGAUAUAUCCUAUAAUCCUCCUAAUCAUGAGGGACCUUCUCCUGACCAAUCACAGAUUGUUACCACAAGUACAAGUCAGAAAGGGGGUGAAAAGUUUCACUUUGGUAUAGAGUCCACAAAAAGCUCAGGUCUUUUUACACACAGAGGAAUUCACACAUUAGAGAAGCCACAUUCAUGUUCAGAAUGUGGGAAAUGUUUUACACAAAAAUCACAUCUUCUUACACAUGAGAGAUGUCACAAAGGAAAGAAGUCAUAUUCAUGUUCAGAAUGUGGGAAAUGUUUUACAGACAAAUCAACUCUUGUAAUACAUGAGAGAGGACACCCAGGAGAGAAAACAUAUUCAUGUUUAGAAUGUGGGAAAUGUUUUCCAAAUAAAUCAAAACUUGUUACACAUCUGAGAAUUCACACAGGAGAGAAGCCAUAUUCAUGUUCAGAAUGUGGAAAAUGUUUUGCACAAAAAUCAAAUCUUGUUACACAUCAGAAAAAUCACACAGGAGAUAAGAUAUAUUCAUGUUUAGAAUGUGGGAAAUGUUUUAAAUAUAAAUCUUUUCUUGUUAUGCAUGAGAGAAUUCACACAGGAGAGAAACCAUAUUCAUGUUCAGAAUGUGGGAAAUGUUUUGCAGGAAAAUCAUAUCUUUCUACACACAAAAGAAUUCACACAGGAGAGAAACCAUAUUCAUGUUCAGAAUGUGGGAAAUGUUUUACACAAAAACCAGAGCUUGUUAAUCAUGAGAGAAUUCACACAGGAGAGAAGCCAUAUUUAUGUUCAGAAUGUGGGAAAUGUUUUACACAAAAAUCAGAACUUGAUAAUCAUGAGAGAGUUCAUAGAGGAGAGAAGCCAUAUUCUUGUUCAGAAUGUGGGAAAUAUUUUACACAAAAAUCAUCGCUCUUUACACAUUCAAGAAGUCACACAGGAGAGAAACCAUAUUCAUGUUCAGAAUGUGGAAAAUGUUUUACAUGGAAAUCAUAUCUUGUUAAGCAUGAGAGAAUUCACACAGGAGAGAAGCGAUAUUCAUGUUCAGAAUGUGGAAAAUGUUUUACAUGGAAAUCAGAUCUUGUUACACAUAAGAGAAAUCAUAGAGAGAAACCAUAUACAUGUUCAGAAUGUGGGAAAUAUUUCACACAUAAAUCAGAUCUUGUUAAUCAUGAGAGAAUUCACACAGGAAAGAAGCCAUAUUCAUGUUCAGAAUGUGGGAAAUGUUUUAAAUGGAAAUCAGAUCUUGUUAAUCAUGAGAGAAUUCACACAGGAGAGAAGCCAUAUUCAUGUUCAGAAUGUGGGAAAUGUUUUACAUGGAAAUCAUAUCUUGUUAAGCAUGAGAGAAUUCACACAGGAGAGAAGCCAUAUUCAUGUUUAGAAUGUGGGAAAUGUUUUACACAAACAUCACAUCUUCUUACACAUGAGAGAUGUCACACAGGAGAGUAGCCAUAUUCAUGUUCAGAAUGUGGGAAAUAUUUUACACAUAAAUCACAGCUUGUUACAAAUUCAAGAAGUCACACAGGAGAGAUGGCAUAUUCAUGUUCAGAAUAUGGGAAAUGUUUUACAAGGAAAUCAUAUCUUGUUAAUCAAGAGAGAAUUCACACAGGAGAGAAGCCAUAUUCAUGUUCGGAAUGUAGAAAAUGUGUUACAUAAGAGAAAUCACACAGGAGAGAAGUCGU